GAGAGCUGGUGCACCGACAAGAGGAACGGUGUCAUCAUAGCGGGUUAUUGUGUGGAAGGAACGCUCGCCAAGCAUAUCAUGUCUGAGCCAGAGGAGAUCACCACCAUGUCCGGACAGAAGCUUCCGCUGAAGAUGUCCGUGGACUAUAUCUCCUUCUCUGCUCAUACAGACUACCAGCAGACCAGCGAGUUCAUCCGAGCUCUGAAACCUCCUCAUGUGAUCCUGGUUCAUGGAGAGCAGAAUGAGAUGGCUCGACUGAAAGCUGCUCUGAUAAGAGAGUAUGAGGACAAUGAUGAGGUUCACAUCGAGGUGCACAACCCUCGUAAUACUGAGGCCGUCACGCUGAACUUCAGAGGAGAGAAACUGGCUAAGGUGAUGGGCUCUCUUGCGGAUAAGAAGUGUGUGCAGGCUCAGCGGGUCUCGGGCAUCCUGGUGAAAAAGAACUUCAGUUAUCACAUCCUCGCCCCCUCUGACCUCUCCAAUUACACUGAUCUGGCCAUGAGCACAGUGAAACAGACUCAAGCCAUUCCCUUCACCGGCCCUUUUCCCUUGCUUUUGAGUCAGCUACGGCACCUGACAGGUGAUGUGGAGGAGAUUGAGAUCUCAGAGAAGAGCACGCUGAGAGUCUUUAACAGCAUCACAGUGGUUCAUGAUCAAAACAUGGUCUUGUUGGAGUGGUUUGCCAAUCCUCUGAAUGACAUGUACGCUGAUGCCGUCACCACAGUGGUGCUGGAGGUGCAGUCCAACCCUAAAGCUCAGAAAGUUGUUCAGCCCCAAGAAAAGAAGGUGGAUGUGAAUGUUUUCCAGAACAGAUUACUGAAAAUGUUCCAAGACAUGUUUGGAGAGGAGUGUGUCGACUUUAAAGACAAGAACUGUCUCGCUGUAAGUGUAGAUGGGAAAACUGCCUUCAUCAACCUGGAAACCAGAACCGUGGAGUAUGAGGAGGCCAAUUCUGAAGAUGAUUCUCUCAGAGAAAUGGUGGAGCUCGCUGUACAGAGGCUGUAUGAAGCCAUGAACCCUGUCAUGUGAGAUGGGCUCCUAAUUUCCUUCCAGAACUUUUGUUAUCAGAGUCCAUCUAACUUGAACUACUUCAACCAGACUGAAGACACCAGAUACUGGACUGGCCAAAGCACUUCGAAGCAUUGAAUUUUACAUUAAAAACAAAUGUAAAACAGUUAAAGCUAGAUGUUGAUACAUGUGUGCAGUCAGGACUUAGUUCUUUUUUAUUUCUGCUACAUACAAUAUGUAGUGAUCAUUUAAAAUGUCAUUUAAAAUUUAAGAUCC